UAUUCAAUUUAAUAGGAGAUAGUUAGUAGAAGCGUCAGUUGCUUCCCCCAUUUUGGGAAAAAGCUCUGCGGGCUUAACAUUUUCAGAAAAGAAAGCUACUAAAUCCACAGCAUUACAGUCAUUCAAGAUUUUAUAGUACUGCUCAAACAAAGAAACUCUCCACUCAAUUCCAUACGAAUCGCCCCCCCCCCCUCCCAACACACAAAAAAAAGCCCCUCCCCAUCACCCAUAUCCGACUCCUCUCCCAUCAAUCUCAUCAAUAUUAUUGCUAUUCAUCAUCAUACAAUACAACACAACAACAGAUGAUCCAGUGAUAGGAAAAAGCCAGCGACAUACGUUAAUCUCAGCUUCAAGACUCUGCUACUUUUGCUGCUCCUCUUUUCUCUCUCCCUUUAGUCCCCAUCCUCAGACACAAAUAUGGAAAACUUCUGAUACAUCAUUCACUAAACAAGGCCCUCCCUCCCCCCACACCCACCCCCCCGGCCCCAAACAGCACACCAAAAAAAGAAGAAAGAUUUCUUUAUUUCUCUGGCUUUCCCUUUCUCCUUUCAAUUUACUAAUAUUCCCUUUUAUAUACUCAUCCACUGCUGCUGCAGCAGCAGCCUGCUCUAUAUAUAUAUAUAUAUCAUCAUUUAGAAAAUUUUAAUUAAAAAAACAUGUAUCAUCUCCUUCCCCGCACCUGAAUCUUGCAUUUUGCAGCCCAUAUAUGAGUUUUCUCCACCCUCUCUCCUACUUUGUUACACUGCAGCUACCAAAUGAAACCCUAGUUUAAUUCCAGUCAAAUACAAACAUAAGUGGAAUAAAACGGUCACAAGCCACAGAUUUUCAUCUUGAAGCCAGCCGCAGCUAGCCAAUAAGUAACAGUAGUGGUAAAUCUUUAUCUGAUGAUGAUGGAUCCAUUUGCAGAUAUAGAAACAUCCCAGUCUGAGAACGCCACGGGCAACAGCAGCAACAGCACAUCUGCAGGAACAUCCUCAUCUGCUGCUUCCACUCCCAGCCGAUACGAGAAUCAGAAGCGCAGGGACUGGAACACUUUUGGGCAAUAUCUCAAAAACCACAGGCCUCCCCUCGCUCUUUCUCGCUGCAGCGGAGCUCAUGUCCUUGAAUUCCUUCGCUACCUGGACCAGUUUGGGAAAACCAAAGUCCAUACCCCAAUCUGUCCCUUCUACGGGCAUCCCAACCCUCCAGCGCCUUGCCCUUGCCCACUUCGACAAGCUUGGGGAAGCCUUGAUGCCCUCAUUGGCCGCCUCCGGGCUGCAUACGAAGAAAAUGGAGGCAGGCCUGAAGCAAACCCUUUCGGAGCUCGAGCUGUGAGGCUCUACUUGCGCGAAGUCCGUGAUCUGCAGUCCAAAGCCAGAGGGAUAAGCUAUGAGAAGAAGAAGCGCAAGCGCCCCUCGCAACAGCACUUGUCUGCAGCAGCAGGAGCGGGAGCAGGAUCAGCAGCACCCGCAGCAUCAGUUUUGGAUGCUAUUAAAGCUGGCGUGGUCUUGUGAACUUAGGGAUUGUUGGCCAGAUGAUAGCCUCUGAUGUGUAUGAGAAAUUUCCAAGUAAAAUCUCACCAUCUGAUCACUUUCUCUUUUUCUUCUGUCCUCCUACUUUUACAGCUUUACUUCCUGAUAAUUGUUGCUCUUGU